GAAAACUAAAUAUGAUUGACUCUCCUUUGUUAACCGAUAUGGAUUUAUUUAAAGAUUCUCGUCUAAUUACAGAUGCUCAGCAGUGGAAUCCUUACGACGAUAUGGGAGGAACUUGUGCUGCUAUCCGUGGUGAUGAUUGGGUUGUUUUUGGUAGUGAUACUCGUAUGCUUAUGUGGAAAAGUAUUUUGGCUAGAGACUGCGAGAAGAUACACGUUUUGGACAAUAACAUUCUUUUGGGUACUUGCGGUUUUUAUGGUGACGUUCUUCAAUUAAAAAAGCUUUUGCAGCUUCGUCAAAAUCAAUACAAAUUUAAUUAUCAACAUCAAAUGACUACUGAAAUGUUUGCUUCUAUGUUGUCUCGUAUUCUUUACAGUCGCCGCUUUUUUCCUUUUUAUACGGGAUGUAUUGCUGGGGGAAUUGAUACUAAAGGCAAAGGAGCGUUAUAUUCUUAUGAUCCAAUUGGGCAUUGGCGUCUAGCACAAACUUUCUGCACUGGUGCUGGCGGUACAAUUGUACAAUCAUUUUUUGAUAUUACUUUUCAACAAGAGACUAUCGAUGAGGGGAAACGUAAACCUGUAACUGUUGAGGAUGCAAAAAAAUUGAUGAAAGACGCUUUUCGUUCGCUUGCUGAAAGAGAGACGUCUACUGGGGAUGGACUUAAAAUUGUUUGGUUAAAGGCUGGGGAUAAAGAGGUUUUUUAUUUAAUUUAUGUUUUGUUGGGAGAUAAGGAGGAAGAGGAGGGUCUGUUAAAAAAAUUUUUUAUUUUACGGAAACUAACAAAAUUGUAA